CCGCGCCAUAUCUCUCUCUUUGAAUAUCGACAAAGCCGUAGUCUUCCCACUUCCCACUCACCUUGUCUACCCCAAGAUGCUUCUACCACUUGCAGAGAUACCUGUGAACGUCAUUGCUUCAAACCAACCAUCUCGAACCACUCGUCGACGCCCAACAGGGCCACCGCUGCGUCCACACAAUCACAAUAUCGCGCCAUCUUGUGCGGGUCCGGAGUAUCAUGACUCGCUCAUCGCGCCCGAGUAUAACUCAACCUUUUCAGAAGAGGACGAACAGUUGGUGUUCCCCCACCACUCUCACCUUCGUAGCUCUAUCCGCGAUGCUGAAGAUGCCGUCACGAGCGAGAUGAAUGGUCAUGCCUACGGCGAAAUCGAAGGCCUCAUCGAUAGCUUUCUCGGCGAUGACGCCACACUCAUCAACACGACCACCGAACGCAUAUACAGAGCCCUUGUCAAAAGCAAAGCCUAUGACCCCAAGGGAAAAAUUUGGAAGGGACUUCCGACGAAUCCCAAGAACGAGAAAAUCCUUUACACUCCACUCACGGCUCUUCUUAAUAAGAUACUCCUGUUAUGUCCUGAGGCAGCGUACGAGGUCUAUUGGCGCGAUGAGCAUGCAUCUCCUCCGAAAUCAGACUUCCAGGACCAGAGUCGGCCUGAUCUGAUUAACGCCACACGAGCCGCCCUCCUAUGGUGGCGAGCCGUCCAUAGUCUGAUCGAGGUCAAAAAGGAAGAGGACGACCCUGCCGCUUUACAGCUUUUGCGUUAUAUACGUUCAACGUUGAGAGAGCAACCCGAUCGGCGGUUCAUGUACGGCCUUGUGUUUGCGCGGCGCGCGCUGACUUUGUGGCACGUCGAUCGGAGCGGUAGUUUGGCAGCACCUCCAUUUGACAUUCACAAAGACGCGAAACAGUUCAUUCGUAUCAUCGUGGGAUUGCUCGUAAAGUCUCCGGAAUCACUGGGCUGGGACCCGACGAUGCUUCGGUUUGUCAUUGACGAAGAACACCCCAAGGGCCACGCUCUUCCGUCUUACGCUGUCAAGGACGCAAAACCCGCGUCUACCCCAUACCGGCGCAUGUGGAUCACCACCGUCGAUGCCCCAUCCUCCGCCGCUGUCUCCUCUCAUAAGUCAUCUACUGACGAAAAGACCGAUCCCACCUCGAACGUUAUACCGCAGGAUCGCUUCAUCUUGUAUACGGCACUGAGUCUGGCUCGAGCGGAAGUUCUUCGUGGACGGGCCACAAGGAUAUGGCUAGCUUGGAAGUACGAAGACAUGGAGAAAGAUCAGAAGGAUCGCAAGGUCUUUGUUUUCAAGGACGCUUGGCGAGAUGAGCGGCGAGGUCUUGAGGGAGAUUAUUAUCGUGAAGGUCCUGGAGUCGCGAAGGUUUACUCCCACAGCGUCGUGAGAAUCAACGGAAGACGAGACGAUACCCUAAACUUCAUUCGUAGAGGAGUCGAACCAUCUGGGGAUGCGUUACUGAUCGCAACCAAUCAGACCGACGGCCGAAAGUCUUUUGAAGCUUAUGAAAAUAAUCCAUUCAAACCAGAUCGGUAUCUUUUCCCAAGCAUCAUGCACGGCAAGGCUUCGGGCCCCUUGGAGGGAGAUAUUCUGGAGACGGUGAAGCAGAAGAGCGGACCUUACAAUCGCCUCCACACGCGCUUGAUUAUGGAGACGUAUGGACUACCACUUCCACGUUUUCGAUCUUUGACGGAAGUAGUUGGCACAUUACACGAUUCUAUCCAAGGUCAUGAGUUUCUUUGCUCGCAAGGUAUCUUGCACCGUGACAUCAGUCAGGGCAAUAUACUUAUCAUACCAGAACCUCAUACCGAGCGGGGCUUUCGUGGGGUGCUCAUUGAUCUCGACUUUGCCGUCCAAAUGAAGACUGAAAGACGGGCUACUAUUGGGGAUGAGCGGAGUGGUACAAGAGCGUUCAUGAGCGGCGAGCUUCUCGUAGAACGCGCGUACAAAUCUCUGAAGCUCACGUCGCAGUCCUCCUUCAAAUUCACAGCAGCGACCGCUGAGCUCGACCUUGAGGCGGAUCCCGAAGUUAACGUUGCGAUCAAACAUGAUAUCGUUCACGAUCUCGAAUCCUUUUUCUGGGUUCUGUGCUGGCUAUGCGUCUCGUACGAAGGCCCGUCCACUCGACGCACCCACGCUUGGGACAAGGACGAAGCCGUUACCGCCGACCUGAAAGGAGCUAUCCGGGCAAUCUUCGAGUCAACGGACGCCAGACUCCUCGCGAGUCAAAAGGCCUUGUUCCUCAUCAGUGCUCCAAAACAGUCGCAACUCAGGCAGUGGUGCGCGCCCUACUUCUGCCCCCUCCUCCCGCUCGUUGCCGGACUUCACAGUACACUCAAGGACGCUUAUGCCACGAGAACCUUCACCAACCUGCAUACCGAAUUUCUCGAACAGUUUGCUUUUGCGGAGACAAUGGGGCGAAUAACAACGUGGAACGACACCAAUCCAAAGUACCGUUCCCAGGAAGAAGCCGAAAUGGCCGCUCGUCAAUGCGAGCGAGAUGGUCCGUUAACCGAGGACAAUAGUCCUCCGGAGGUAUGGAAGCCGAAGGAGGAGAUAGAGAGAGACAUAGAAGCCCGCCGUAGAGAAUUCGAAAGUAGGGGAAACACUACCCCCGCAAAGCGUGCCGGACCUUCAUCCUCUGGCCCGGGUCAGAAACGCUCUGUGCGGUUCGAUGGCGAUGACUCGGCGGAGGACGCCUCUGCUGCAUCGAGCAGUAGUCUACCUAGGAUAACUUCGAAACGGCGGCGGGAAGCGGACGACGGCGUCGUUGAAGGUGAUGGCGCCCAUGCGUCAUCAUCCGCCACUGGUUCUCGCCACUCUACUCGUUCGAAAACCAAGGCAGCUCAAGACGGCCGUACUGCGACAGCUACUGGCUCUCGACCUGCGAAGGCGACGAAGCCGCGUUCCAAGAAGCGUGCCAGAAAGUAAACCAUAUCACCCACCGUGGGCAAUGCCCUGAUGUCUUUCUCAUACCUUGCUAUCCUUGUUUCCUCGCUUCGCUCCCAUCGCUAUUCGCCCACACUAUUCCAUCCGUGGUUUAGUAUCGCUAUCUCUCCCUGUCCUACAAUUGCUUUCUCAAGUACUCUUCUCGCUGAAAUCGUAUCGCACCGUCUCUGUAUAUCAAAUUGUUUUCAUUGCGUCGUUGACUGGUAUGCAAUAGUCAUUCU